AUGUCCAACAGAUCAAUGUCGGAAAUCGAAAAUGAGGUGGAGGCCAUAAACUCGAUUUAUGAGGGCUGUAUGUCCGAAUGGGCUCCCUCUAUAUACGAUGUGCAUAUACCGGACUCGUCCGUGGUGGUCAGGUUGUCUUUUCCUAGUGUAUACCCGGAAAAGGCACCUGCUGUCAUGGCUGUGGUCAAGGGCAGACAGGAGCUGAGUCCUCAACUCGAAUCGCUUAUAAGCUCGUUGUUUGUUGUAGGCGAGGUUAUUGUAUUUGAUUUUAUAGAGUCGUGUCGAGAAUUUCUUGAACAAGAAGGCGAAGGGCCAGAUGGUGCUGAUUCUGGUUCUUAUAUUGACAGUCCAGAAGCUAGUGAUGUUGCAAAUGGGAGAGAUACAGGUGUAGACCCUACUAGUUCGUGGAUUGCAAGCGAACCUGUAACAGACCGCAAGUCUCUGUUUAUCGCACGGGUCUGUAGAGUAGAGUCGGCACAGGAAGCAUACGACAACAUUGCAUUACUGAAAACUGACAAAAAAAUUAGUAAAGCUACACACAACAUUACAGCUUAUAGAAUUAAACGCAGUGAUGGAGUAUCGGUCCAAGACUGUGAUGAUGAUGGAGAAGACGCCGCCGGCGGUCGACUGAUGCAUCUUCUAACUCUGACUGACUCAUGGAACGUGGUCGUCUGUGUCUCGCGCUGGUAUGGAGGCAUCAAACUAGGACCGGACCGGUUCAAACACAUUAACUCGACAGCCCGAGACGCUCUUGUGAAAGGCGGUUUCAUAAGUAUUUCUAAAAAUUCCUCCAAAAAGCAUUGA